AUGAGUGACGUUGUGAAUGAAACAACUUCUGGAAGUACUACUACUGCAUAUGGCUUAUGGAAAACUUAUUACUCAUAUUCUGGUGUAACAACCUGUAAUAAUAUCAACUGUCCAGCAGUGACUGAUGAUAACGGUUUCUGUAGUAGAAUAAUGGUUAGUAGAGCUUUCAUGACAUUAGCUUGUAUUUUAUCUGGUAUUACAGCUAUAUGUCUCUUUAUAUGUGCAUUUAUCGAUGAAAAGAAAAGUCGAAUAUUCUCACUAAUAACUAUAGCACUUGCUUCUGUAUGUUUGAUUAUGGGAAUCAUAGGAGUAGCUGUUGGCGGCAGUAUCCAACAAACACUUUAUCUAAAUAGUAGUCAAUUGAAUUUCGGUACAGGUUUCAUAAUAGGAGCUGUAGCAGUUGGCAUCAAUUUUAUUGGUACUAUUGAACGUUGGACUGUGAAAAAGUCAGAAAAAUAA